CGCGGAGAGUCAUCCCCGGAGCGGCCGCAGCAUCACCUCUCCCCCGUUGACGCGCUUUUUUACGCACGUUUCCUCGCCUUUUACGCACGGACCCAGCAUGGACACGGCGUGAGGCGCACACACACGAGCGCAGCGGUGUUUCCCGGACGUUUGCGGCGCCCGUUUCGGUCUCAACAUGAUGGAGUAUUGGAGACAGUGCGCGCUCUGGUUGAUUAACUGCAAGGUGCUGCCCCCGAACCACCGCGUGACAUGGGAGUCCGCGCAGGUUUUCGACUUGGCGCAGACUCUUCGGGACGGGGUGCUCCUGUGCCAUCUGCUCAACAACCUCCGGCCCCAGUGCAUCAACCUGAAAGAGAUCAACCUCCGGCCGCAGAUGUCACAGUUCCUCUGCCUGAAGAACAUCCGCACUUUCCUGGCCUCCUGCGGCGACACCUUUGGGAUGAAGAAGAGUGACCUGUUUGAGGCGUUUGACCUGUUCGACGUCAGGGACUUUGGAAAGGUCAUGGACACUUUAUCCAGACUUUCCUACUCGACCAUCGCUCAACAAACUGGAAUCAGGCCGUUUCCGACCGAGGAGAGUGUCCAGGACGAAGAAAUCUACAACCACCUGGAAGACCUCAUAGAUGAAAAGGUGGAGGAUGAGGAGGACCUGUACGACUGUGUGUUUGACGAUGAAGAUGGAGGAGAGAUUUAUGAAGAUUUGAUGAAGACAGAAGCCAUCGCUCCUCCGACUUGCCAAAAACAGUCCGACAUCAGGAGUUGCUGUUUAACGGAGAUUAAACAAACAGAGGAGAAGUACACGGAGACGCUGGAAUCUAUCGAGAAGCACUUUAUGUCGCCCCUCACCGUCUUCCUCUCCACGGCUGAGACGGAGAGGAUCUUUGUGAAUAUCCCGGACCUGGUCAAAGUUCAUAAAAGUUUGCUGCUUGAAAUCCAAGACUCCGUGUUACACAGAAGUGCCCAAAACCUGUACCAGAUAUUUAUCACGUUCAAAGAGAGGUUGUUGAUCUAUGGGAAGUACUGCAGUCAGGUGGAAAUCGCCAUCGCAACUUUAGACAACAUCUGCAAAGACCGAGAGGACGUCCGCAUGAAGCUGGAGGAAUGUUCCAAACGAGCAAAUUAUGGAAAGUUCACUCUGAGAGACCUGCUGGUGGUGCCAAUGCAACGAGUCCUGAAGUACCACCUACUACUGCAGGAGCUGGUGAAACACACACACGACUCCACAGAAAAGACCAAUCUACGCAAAGCUCUGGACGCCAUGAAGGACUUGGCUCAAUACGUGAACGAGGUGAAGCGAGACAACGAGACGCUCCGAGAGAUAGAUCAGUAUCAGAAGUCCAUCGAAAACCUGAACCAGCCUCUGGAAAACUACGGCCGACCCAAAGGCGACGGCGAGGUGCGGGUUUCUACGGUGGACAGGAGGGCCAAACAAGAUCGACACAUUUUUCUGUUCGAUUCUGCCGUGAUCGUGUGUAAACGCCGCGGAGAUGUUUACGAAAUGAGGGAAGUGAUCGACCUGCACCUGUUUAAGAUCACGAACAACCCGACGUCGGACAAAGAGAGCCGCAAGUGGUCCUACGGAUUCUACCUCACGCACAACCAGGGUCAGAGCGGAUUUGAGUUUUUCUUCAAGACCAAGGAGCUGAAGAAGAAGUGGCUGGAGCGAUUUGGCAUGGCGAUCUCGAACAUUCGUCCUGAAAACGGCACCAGUAACCACCAUGAGUUCCGUAUGCACACGUUUGAGCGGAUCACGUCGUGUAACUCCUGCCACAUGCUGCUGAGAGGAAUCUUCUACCAGGGAUACCUGUGCCCAAAGUGUGGUCUGGGAGCACACAAGGAAUGUCUGGGACGGUUCGGAUCAUGCGGAAAAACAGAUCCCGGCUCCGUCAGAACUCAGAACAGGGAUCGAGAUACAGGUUUGCCCAAAAUGCUGGUCGUGAAGAACUACUUUGGCGUCCCCAGUCCUGCGACGGGCCCCCCCCUGAACAUUCAGACCGGAGACAUCAUCGAGCUGAUCUGUGCAGACCUACACAGCGCAUGGUGGCAGGGCAAAAUCCCGUCGACGAAAGAAGUCGGCUUUUUUCCGAGCGACGCUGUGAAGCCGUGCCCUUGUGUGCCAAAGCCCAUCGACUACUCCACUCAGCCCUGGUUUGCCGGCCCCAUGGAGCGAUUUCAAGCUGAGGCAGAACUCAUCAACAGGGUCAACAGCACAUACCUGGUCAGACAUCGCAGCAAGGAGUUCACGGAGUACGCCAUCAGUAUCAAGUACAACAACGACGUCAAGCACAUUAAGAUUCUGACCAAAGACGGCUGCUUCCACAUCGCCGAAAAUAAGAAAUUCAGGAGCAUACUGGAGCUGAUCGAGUACUACAAACACCACUCGCUCAAAGAAGGAUUCCGAAGUUUGGACACAACUUUACAAUUCCCAUAUCGAGAACCGGAGAACACGGCGACGCAACGGCUCAACCGAUCGGGCAGCAACAUGUUUACCCCCAAAGUGAUCGGCGUGGCCAUCGCGCGGUACGACUUCAGCUCACGGGACACGAGGGAGUUGUCCCUGCAGGAAGGAGACGUGGUAAAGAUCUACACCAAGUCUGGAGCCAACGGCUGGUGGAGAGGAGAGGUCAACGGGCGGGUCGGCUGGUUUCCAUCGACAUACGUGGAGGAGGGAGAGGAGUGAACCGCCGCGUACGAAGCCCAGGACAUAAACUUCUCAUGGUCGGGCGUGUGCUGCUCACUCCGAGGGCUGAGCAGAGCUGCUCCAGAGCUGCUGUCGAACCAGGGAACAUGAAGAAGAAGGACUACUGCGGUCCAACGCCAACGCAAAGAACUGCACCAAAGUCUCUGUUUGACCGUGGAGUUAGUGGCCCCUCCUCCUCCAGACGUCAUGUUUGUAACAACGUCGACCUGCUCCUCUUUGGACACGAGUCUUUAUCAUCUGAGAACGGUUUCGAUUUCAUUCAUUCGCCGAUUACUCCACGAUUUGAGGAAUAUGGAAGCUACAGCACUGACGUCUGUCCAGUUUGCAGCAAAAAAAAACGUGUUUUCUUCAUGUAGACUGGCUCCUAUUGACAAACUCUGAGGAUCGCUGUGCUAUUUUUAUUUUUUUACCAAAUGUAUAUUGUAAUUUUUGUAAUUUCUUUAAAUUAUUGCCAGAUCAUUGCCAGAAUUUAUGUAACCAUCAACCAGUUUAUGUAAGAUAGUAAACGUUCGAUCUAACCAAAAUAUUCAUUGAUCUUUUAAAUUAAACUUAGAAAAUAAAUAUAAAUGUGCGAAGUCCGCCUUAAACCUCCACACACUACAGGAUUUGAACGAUUUACGAUCCACUUCCCGACUUUAGAUCUUCAUUUGCGACUCUGAGCUGCUCCGUCAGAUCAUAACCACAAAACAUCACCACGGCAACAGCCAAUAAAACAGAGCGUCAUCGGCAGACGUGGUGACGGACACAGAGGUGUGAGAUACAAACUCAGGAAACAGCGGAAAUAAUUUAAAGACGACGUUAUUACUCAGCUAAAGUUGUGGAGUUAAACUGCAGCGUUCUCCUUCACAUGUGUCCUCUGUAAAUAAGAGCCUCCAGUCCACAAGAUGGCGCUGUUAACCCAGUUUGAAAUGUUCUUUAAAAGUAAAAAGAUGAGCUCAGAUCCUCGCGUGUCGUGUUUACAUCCACACAGCGAGGAUCAGGCUGAAGCUGCUGCAGAUUAGCGAUAACGACUUCACUUCCUGUGUCGUUAAUUGCUCGCCUUCUGUGCAUUAAAAGCUCAUAAGAUUUUAAACCUCACUGAUUCUCCUCACGUGUUUGUCUUGUUUAAAAAUCUUUCAAGACGGAAAAAUCCUGUAGUGUGGCGGGGUUAGCUUAACCUAAAAUGUAGCAUAAAAUAUUCGAUGGAAAACAAACAGCAUCCACUUUAAAUUAAUCUUUUUAUAAUACAUUUUUUGAGGGAGAACCGUAGACUUUGAAUAUAAACGGACAGAGCUAACCUGCUAGCCAAACAGGAAGUGAUCGUGUGCGCACUUCAAGCUCCAUCGACGACUCCUCCUCUCUACAUGAUCCUGGGGUUUUUAUUUCACUAUUGCGUCUGUAAAUCAAGAUAUGAACAUUAAUAACAGACAAAUCACGACGCCUUCUUUCCCUGAAGUCGCUCCCGUUAGCGUUGGCAACAGAUCUGAUUGACAGCGACGCUAAACAAUCUAUGAAAUGUUAGUCUAUAUUCCACCGUUUUCCUGUUUUCCAGCUCUCCACACGUUCACUGCUUUAUCUCUGCGUUACAUAACAAACGCUGCUCUUUCUUAACCCACCUCUACCUUCUGUCAGUAACACACCAUGACCCUGCCAGUGUCUAUUUUUUAUCUUCUUUAUCUGGAUAUCGACGACCCAAUUCCACUCCACACGUGCUCCACCCACGUCUCCACCUCCUCAGAUUAAGACGCAGGGCCACGGGCUCUGUGGAUAUCUCCUCCUCUGCCGAACACUGAUCGCACUUGUUCCUCUUCUUCUUCUCUUUUCUUUAUCUGCGGCGGGCGUCGUGUUUCCCACUUGUUUCCUGAUCCUCUGCUCUUAUCAGUGGUGGCUUUGAUGGCAGAAGACGAUUUUCGCGGCGUUUAUCUUAUUGGAGGUAUUAAGUGAAAAAGGCUGGUCGCUCCUAAAGACUCUCAGACAAAUGGAGGCGCAGAGAGAGAGAGCAGCUGGGUCUGUGCGAAGCCCGACGCACCGUUUAGGACCUGGUUUUUCCUCGCGUGAGAUUUUCAAUGACAACUAGUAAUGAAUUAAUUUCUCAUAGACGUUCUAAAAAUAACCCACAAUACUCGAAAUCUGUGAAGUAUCAUCUUUAUUUUUUACAUUAUUCUCUCUGUUUUUGUCUGUAAAACCCCUCACCACACACUUUAUACACUUUUCUCACA